AUAACGGCCCCGACGCGUGCAAAGGAGAAGCGGGUUUGUUUUUGAAUCUGCGGAGGCGGCGGCAGUGGUGGCGGCGCGGCGAGUGGAGCGCGCACGGCUGAGGCGGCGGCGGUGGGGACGGCGGCGCAGGACGGCUGUGUAGACGGAACUCGCUUCCCUCUCCCUCACCUCCUGCCCCCUAAGAUUCAAAAUGGAUAGUAUAGAAGAACCUCAGAAAAAAGUCUUCAAAGCUCGAAAAACAAUGAGAGCAAGUGAUCGCCAGCAACUCGAAGCAGUGUACAGAGUCAGAGAAGAGCUGUUGAAAACUGACGUGAAGCUUUUAAAUGGGAAUCAUGAAAAUGGGGAUUUGGAUCCAACAUCACCUUUGGAAAAUACGGAUUAUAUUCAGGAUAGGGAAGAAGUGAAUGGUGUUGAAGCAAUUUGUUCUGAGCCUGAUGAGAUUAAAGCAGAAUGGAAAGAAACACCCUGUACCCUCAAUGUUAAUGUAAAAGUCAAGCAGGAUGAUGAUUCACAUUGUGAACCAUUGUCUCCUAAUAAUGUACUUCCUGAUCCUGUUUCUAAACUGACGCCUGAACCAGCCUCUGAUCAGUCAGCCUCUAGUGAUCUGGCCACUGGAGUACCAGCCUCUGGUGACCCCCACUCUGGUGAUCCCUCCUCUGGUGACCCCCCCUCUGGUGAUCCCUCCUCUGGUGACACUCCCUCUGGUGACACUCCCUCUGGUGACACUCCCUCUGGUGAUCCUUCCUCUGCCUCUGGUGAUCCUUCCUCUGGUGAACCCCAUUCUGAUGAUCCCUCUGGUGAGCCUCUCUGUGGUGAUCCCUCUACUGAUACCACCUCUAGUGAGCCCUCCUCUGAUCAUCUUGCUUCUGAAGAGCCCACCUCUGGGGAUCUGGCCUCCCAUGAUUCCACCCCUGGUGAACUGAUUUCUGGUAAACCAGUUUCUGGUGAACCAGGUUCUGGUGCAGUGGCCACUUGUGAACCGGCCUCUGAGGAAGCAGCUUGUGAUGACUGUGCUUCUGAUGAUCCUGCCUCUGGUGAUCCCACCUCUGGUGAUGCUGCCUCUGAUGAUCCCACCUCCAGUGAUCCCACCUCCGAUGAUUCACCUUCAGAACAGCUGCCUUCUGCUGCUCAGUCUUCUGGAGAGCCUGCCAGUAGUGGACUGGCUCCUGAUAAUCUGGUCUCUGAUGAUGGGGCUUCUGGUGAACUGUCCUCUGGUGAAACAACCCCUAGUGAACUGACUUCUGAACCAGCCUUUGAUACUACUCUCAAACCAAGUUCUGUGCCAGUUUGUGAACCAGUUCCCGAAUCUGACGAUACAGAGCAGAAUGACCAGAAUAGCAAUAAAGAUGAUGAUGUUUUUGAAAAAAAUGAAGAUAAUGAAAAGUUAGACCAAAUUCCAAGUAAGGACUCAUUAGAUGAAGAAGAUAAAGCUAACAGUAAUGUUGAUGAUAAGGAAGAAACUCUAGAAACACACAGUGCAAUUAUUUGUUCCGAUCUACCUCCAGAGAAUGAGAAGAAGGUAGAGGAGGGUCCUGUUACCGAGCUUGCCCUUGGAGAUGAGGCUAUAUCUAGCAGUAUGGAAGUUGACCAGAGUGAAAAGAACGGGGAUGAGAAUUCUGCAGACAUUGUGGAGACCAUUAGUGAAAAUGUUACAGAGGAUGACAGGAAUGAGGGCAUCUUAGAAAAUACAGAUUCCAUGGAGACUGAUGAGAUCAUUCCUAUUUUGGAAAAACUUGCACCUGCUGAGGAUGAACUCACUUGCUUUUCAAAAACGUCUCUCCUUCCAAUUGAUGAGACAAAUCAAGAUUUGGAGGAGAAAAUGGAAGGUUCUUUUGGUUCGCCAUCAAAACAAGAAAGUAGUGAGAGUUUGCCAAAAGAAGCCUUUUUGGUCCUCUCUGAUGAAGAGGAUAUUUCAUGUGAAAAAGAUGAGUCUGAAGUUACAUCACAAAGUAAGACGCGCUCUCCAGAAGUAGAAACAAAGGAAAAGGACAGCAAACCUGAGGACGAAGAACAAGUAAGAAAUGAACAGGAGCGGCCUUCUGAGAAAAAUGAACUUUCCCGAAGAAAACGUUCUAAAUCAGAGGACAUGGACAAUGUGCAGUCCAAACGCCGGCGAUAUAUGGAAGAAGAAUAUGAGGCAGAAUUUCAAGUAAAGAUUACAGCUAAAGGAGAUAUUAACCAGAAGCUUCAGAAGGUUAUACAGUGGUUACUAGAAGAAAAAUUGCAUGCCCUACAGUGUGCUGUAUUUGAUAAAACUUUGGCAGAAUUGAAAACACGAGUGGAAAAGAUUGAAUGCAACAAAAGGCAUAAAACAGUUCUUACUGAACUCCAGGCCAAGAUAGCCAGGUUAACCAAACGCUUUGGAGCAGCCAAAGAAGAUCUUAAGAAAAGACAAGAAAAUCCACCAAACCCACCUAUAUCACCAGGAAAGCCUGCCAAUGAUGUCAACAGCAAUAAUAGCAUGAGUUACCGAAAUGCAGGCACAGUGCGACAGAUGCUGGAGUCCAAAAGAAAUGUUAGUGAGGGUCCACCAGCGCCCUUUCAAACUCCUGUGAAUACAGUGUCUUCGGCCAGUCUUGUCACUCCUCCAGCGAUUGUCAGUAGUCAGCCUAAACUGCAGACUCCAGCAACCUCAGGCUCUCUGACGGCAGCGCCACUUCUUCCUGCACCCAGCACAGCCACAGUAGUUGCUACUACCCAGGUGCCUAGUGGAAACCCUCAGCCCACAAUCUCCUUACAGCCUUUGCCAGUGAUUUUGCAUGUACCUGUUGCAGUAACCUCUCAGCCUCAGCUCCUACAAAGCCAUCCAGGGACAUUAGUGACUAAUCAACCAUCUGGCAACGUUGAAUUCAUAUCUGUGCAAAGCCCACCUGCAGUGAGUGGUCUUACCAAAAAUCCAGUAUCCUUGCCAUCCUUGCCAAAUCCCACUAAACCAAACAACGUUCCUUCAGUACCCAGCCCUAGUAUUCUAAGGAACUCUCCCGCCAGUGCUGCACCGUUAGGAACAACGCUCGCUGUCCAGGCCGUUCCAACAGCACAUUCUAUUGUUCAAGCCACAAGGACUUCUCUGCCCACAGUAGGCCCGUCAGGACUAUAUAGCUCAUCAAACAACCGAGGCCCUAUACAGAUGAAAAUCCCAAUUCCUGCUUUUAGUACAUCAUCUUCUGCAGAACAGAGUAGCACCGCUGCCCCAAGAAUUGAAAACCAGACAAACAAAACAGUAGAUUCUUCUGUUAAUAAGAAAGCAGCAGAUAGCACAUCACAGAGUGGAAAAGCCACUAGCAGUGACUCGGGUGGUGUCAUUGACCUCACAAUGGAUGAUGAGGAGAGCGGAGCUUCGCAAGAACCCAAAAAACCAAGUCAUACUUCUGUGUCAACCACAAGCACUUCGCAGCUCCUGCCCCGACCUUUGCAGCCCAUUCAACCAGCACCACCCCUGCAGCCGUCUGGGGUGCCGACCAGUGGGCCAUCUCAGACAACCAUACACUUACUACCUACAGCUCCAACUACCGUGAAUGUAACACAUCGUCCAGUAACUCAGGUGACCACAAGACUUCCUAUACCAAGAGCUCCUGCAAACCACCAAGUGGUUUAUACAACUCUCCCAGCACCACCAGCUCAGGCUCCCCUGCGAGGAACUGUUAUGCAGGCUCCUGCCGUUCGCCAGGUCAAUCCUCAAAAUAGUGUUACAGUUCGAGUGCCUCAAACAACCACAUAUGUUGUAAACAAUGGACUGACCCUGGGAUCAGCAGGACCUCAGCUCACAGUGCAUCACCGACCACCUCAAGUGCAUACUGAGCCCCCACGCCCUAUGCACCCAGCGCCCUUACCUGAAGCCCCACAGCCACAGCGUUUACCCCCAGAAGCUGCCAGCACAUCUCUGCCUCAGAAACCACACUUGAAGUUAGCGCGAGUUCAGAGUCAGAAUGGCAUUGUUCUGUCAUGGAGUGUCCUGGAAGUGGACCGAAGCUGUGCCACGGUCGACAGCUACCACCUCUAUGCUUACCACGAGGAGCCCAGUGCCACCGCGCCCUCACAGUGGAAAAAGAUCGGGGAAGUCAAGGCUUUGCCCUUGCCCAUGGCCUGUACGCUCACUCAGUUUGUAUCUGGCAGCAAGUACUACUUUGCAGUACGAGCCAAGGACAUUUAUGGACGUUUUGGACCUUUCUGUGAUCCUCAGUCAACAGAUGUGAUCUCUUCCUCCCAGAGCAGUUAAACCUUGGAGCCUUUAUCUUCCCCUUUUGAAAGUUCCACUUUGGGGGCUUGUUUUUAAUCUUGUGCAUGAAACGCAAUGUAAAAUCCACAUUGUGCAAGAUUUCUUGGACAGAUGUGUGUAUACACUACAUUUGUUUAUAACCAGAAGUAUAAUAAACUCAGCCUGUAAAGCAAGAGUCUUCCCCUGAGCAAUUCACGUGUCAGGAUUUGAAAUGUAAAUGUGUACCUUGCUUUAGUGUUGAGGCUGGAGAAUGUGUGAGUGUGUGUGUGUGUGUGUUUAAUUUUUAAAUUUCUAUUUGUGUGUUUAUUGCAGUGCAAUCUACCAUUUCAUUCUCAAAUUUACUUCUCUUCCAGUGUGAGGCAAACAGAUCAUAGGAUCUGAGGUAUGUAGCUGGCAAGAUUGUGCUUAAGGGAUCUCUAAGGUCAGAGUUAAGUGAUUUGAACUGACUCCAAACAAAACCCAGAGAAAUGCAAAAGCAAACCAUGUAGUUUAAAAUGGGUAGAUCUGAGCACAGGAACUCAUUCUAUCCAUCUUUUCUUCGGUGUCCUCUGGGUUGCUAAUUAUAUGAAAAUGAUGUGCAGUACCUCUCCCCAAUUCCAAAUCUGGCUUUUACAUUUAUGUUGUGCCUUAAGACUAGCUAUAGAAAUAAACAUGGCUGUGUGCUCACUGCUGUUCCCUCCUGUCCUUUCAACUUUCAUUUCUCCUCAUCUCACUAAAUGUACCACACUCCUUUACGUCAUUGUUAAACCAUAUUAUAUAUAUGUGUGUGUGUAUAUAUGUGUGUGUAUAUGUAUGUAUGUGCAUAUGUAAAUGUGUCUAUGUGUUUUCUUCUCAUCUGUGACAUCAUUACAUUUAACUCUAAAAACUUGGGUUUUUUUUUUCCCCAAGGACAUAUGCUUUCAUUUUUGCUUAUUAUUUAACUCUGCAUAAAAUAGACUGACCAUAUUGUUUAAGAAGACUUCCAUAAAUGUUUUCUCAUCCCUGGGGGGAUGCAGUUCUCUUUCAUCACUCACAGUGUAGUCUUUCAUAGGCAGCAAAGAUUAAAACUCACAGAGCACAGUGAGCUGGGCCAUGAAGGUGAAUUCUCAGCUUCCUGUUUAUCCUCAUGGUCAUCCUUCCUGUUUCAGUCUUUUGCCUUUGUUUUGGUGGUGCCAAGUGGAGUCUGAUUUAGCCUUUAUCAGCUUUGGAUAGAACUUAAAAGUAUAUUAUCCUUUGGGGUCAUUUCAUAUAACAAUUAGAUAUAAUCAACUUGGUAUUUCCGGUCCUCUGCGGAGUUAAUUAAAUUCAGGUUAGGUCAUGACUUUUCAAGGAUGCCAGUGCCAGUGGAAUCGGUGUUUGAAUGUAAAUACUGAGGGCGGAAGGGCAGAGUGUGCGUGGCAGUAUUUUGGAAGGUAUUCAUUCAUGAGGUUUGAAAUGAAUUUUCAGGCCAUCUUCCCUUAAUAAUUUAAUUCAUAUUUCUCCCUCCCCAAAAUGAAUUAGUUAUUUCCUGGCGUUGAAAGAGAGGGAGUUACAUCCCUUUUAGGAAUGCUGUUUUCUUUUUCUGCAACUCUGAUGACUUCUAAUAGGAAGUAUUUUAGUUGUGAAGAAAUCGUCUUUGGUGAGUUUUCCCUCGUCGCUGUUCUGUCAACUUUGGUGUAAAGUUUGGUUAAUGAAGGAAGCCUGCAGGUUGCCAAGUGUGACUGUUCCAACCCUUUUCACUCUCAGGAAAGUGAGAGCACAGGGAGAAUCAGUUUGCACAAAUUAAAUCUGCCAGCCAACUGUGCUGAUAAACAAUAGCUGUAAGGUGGCUAGUGUGCUGUGGUAAUGAGAAUUUUGAAAGGAAGAAAUUAUCUUGUAGAUGUACAUGAACAUCUGUCUAUAUGUGCAUGCAUAUGCAUCCUUAUCUGCAGUCGUUGUAAAGUUGAUGUGUUCAAGAUCUUUCCUCUCAAUAACACUGAAAAGUCCAUAUUCCAAGUUUUCACUGAUGCAGUCUGCUUACCAGACAACGAAAGGUUCCAUUGGUGGAUAUUGUAAUUUGUACUCGCUAGUCACUCUAUAUUCACUGAUUCUUUUUAAACGUUUUCAUAGCAUCAUGUUAUCAGCUGAUGAAAGCCCAAUAGAAUUAAUGUAUUUCAUUGUUUGGACUUCUAUUUGGGUGUUUUUAUCAAAGGAAAAAAAAUUCUCUAAUAACUCUAAGUUUAUUACAGAAAGUACUUACUAAAAAUUUAUGCCAGAUUGGAAGGAAGAUAUGAAGAAAGAUUGUAAUUAUGUAAGGGAAAAAUACACCUGUUAAAAUAGUCUCCUCUAAUGCACCUUCGACAAGGCUUAUGGAAAGUCGCUGUGUUGGGCUGCUUAACACUGGUAGGCUGGAAGGCUGGCCCUUUUAUGGGGCUAUUUUAUGUGCUGACUUUUGGUUGGUUGGUUGUUUUCUUUGGGAGACAGAAUGAAGGACUUCACAGGCAAUAGCUAUAGAAACAGAGUUCUUAGUAGGGGUUCACAGUCCACAGUUGUCUUAUUUCAUGGUAUCCCUUCACAAAGUAUUAUAAAUAAGCUCAAUUAUCCCAUUUUCGGAAUGCAGGUUUGCUGCAUUUUUAGCCGGACAAUGCUGGUACAAGUAUUGCCUUAUUGGGACCCUGGAAACUUCUGAUAUUUCAACCUGAAAUGCAGGGUGUUUCCAUGGUAAUUCGUGCUGACAGUCAUGUUUGUUACUCCCUACUUUGCACCUUGUCAGAGUGCUCUUCACCCCGUUUCAAGCGUGAGCAAGCCUUUCUCAAAAUUACGUUCUUACUAAUGGCAUACAUUUGACAUCUGUUUAACUGUUACCUUUACCUUUUAUAUCCCUCUUUCUCUGGGCUUGAGUUUUUAAAUAUGCAGAGUACAUAUACUGUUUAAGAUAGUAUCACUUUGUGAGUAGAGAGCUUACUUCCUUGAAAAGUGAUUAUUUGUCAAAUAUCAUUUGCCUCACAGAGAGGUGUCCUCCCCAUACCCCACCCCUAUGCUAGAUAGUAAAUUCCUUGGAAAACAUGCUUGGACUCUUCAUGUGCCUCUCUGCAGACCCCUUGCAGCAGUGGACGAGUGGUUAACUCAGCUUUUGUUGCUUACCCUUUGGCUUUAAAAAUCCUCUGUCAGUAGGCAGAAAGGUUAGUGUCAAUGCUGCAUGGCAGGCACUUGGUGUACUCCAUGAGUUUUCCAGUACUAUAUACGGUGAACAGCGUGCUGUCCGUGGUGUUCUCAUCUCACCUCCGUGCACUGUGACCUCAGCACGGUGAGGUACCGCAGAGGUGGCCUUCCCAGGGUUCUCCCUAACUUUCCUUCUUGGGCAAUUUCAGUGUCCUCAGCACUAUAUUUUUAAUCACUGACCUGUGGUUGGUUGGCCUGUUUAAUUCUCAUGGAAAUAAACAUGUCCUCGUGUUAGAUGACAGUAACUGUGUAACCACAUCUGAUUCUGCCUCUUUGUAUUCUGCCUUCCUUGGCUAUUUUCUGGGCAAAUGGCUCUAAUUUUUUUCCUUUUGUACACACAAAGAUUAGAGCAGUAAUCAUGAGUUUGUUAAUUGUGGCAGACUUACCUAAUUCCCAAAAUUCAUGUAUCUCUUGAGCCAGCCUGAAGGGAGGAGGAGACUGAAAACACAUGCUUUGUGUUGUCGUCUUUGAAUGUCUUUAUCAUGUUAGAGACUUUUUCUUAUUUUUUUUGGUAGAAGCAGCAAAAUACCUAUCAUUUAUGUAUUUAAAUGUAUUUUUGUUUUCCUUUUUCUUUUUGUAAAUAAGGUAACUGAGCAAUCAAAUACCUUUUGGGGAUUCUAGCUUUAGUAUUUUAUCAACCAUUUCAAAAAUAUAAAAAGAAAUCCUUUGUAGAAAAUUUGCAUCCGAUUUUGUUUAUUGCAGUUGAACCUGUAAAUAAUAAGGCAGUGGAAGACCUUCCUAAUGUCUAAUAUUAACUGGGCUGUAGCAGGUUGCCCUAUUUUUAUUAGGUUUUGAAGGUUUUAAAUUUUCCUUUCUUAAAUGUACAGUAGCGUGGUGUCUGUGUAAGUGUUAACUGUAGUGGGGAUUUGUCCAGCAAGCCUGAAAUUUAUACUUUGAAAUAAAUGACUGGGUUUUUAACA